CCCUUUCUUCAUCAACCUCCCCCAAAACCUUCCCUUCCCUUCCCUUCCGUCCCCUCUCCUCUCCAGCAGUACACUAGUACCCGAAUCCAAGUAAACCUAGGGCUAAUCCCGCCCCCUCAAUCCCCCACAUUCCCAGAUCCACCCCAUUUCCACCCCGCAAAAGGAUCGACCCAGGGUGCGUGCGGGGGAGGGAGGGGGCUAGGGCAGCGUGAAAUGGGCGACUUCAGCGUGAUCCUAGUAGUGCUGGCGGCGGUGGUGCCGGUGCUGGUUCUGGCGGUGAGCGUCUACCUUCUGGUGAACUACCAGCACCCGGACGACGUCAACCAGGCCUACUUCCCCAAGCUGGUGGUGGUUUUGGGCCUCUCGGUGGCCGCCGUCUCGAUCUUGAUGCUGCCCGCAGACGUCGCCAACCGCCAGGCCUGCCGCCACGCCCUCUACAACGGCGCCUGCAGCCUCACCCUCCCCAUGAAGACCCUCUGGAUCGCCGUCUACAUCGCUGACGCUGUCCUCGUCUUCUUCGUCAUCCCGUUCGCCAUGUUUUACUACGAGGGCGACCAGGACAAGAGUAUAGCGAAGAGGUUGAGGAGCGCGCUGUGUUGGGUGAUCGUGUCGGCAAUCGUAUGCGGCCUCUGCCUUGGGAUUCUCUAUGGACUUGUUGGUAAAGUGGAUUUCACAGUUAGGCACCUCUCAUCAUCGGUGGAAAGUUUUCCAAGUUCAUGGUCGGGAUUCUCAAGUGGUCAACCUUGUAUCAGUCCUUUGACUCGUCAGUGUUCUGCAUAUACUGCAAGUGCUUCUUCUGAAACAACUUGGACAAUGCGGGCCACCUUCCCAGAAUAUGUGGUUGCUCUUGCUACAAUUGUUGGAUCCGUGCUAUUUUCGAUAUUUGGAGGCGUCGGGAUUGCUUGCCUUCCAUUGGGACUCAUCUUUUCAUUUAUCCGGCGCCCCAAGGCUGUAAUCACUCGCUCACAAUAUAUAAAGGAAGCGACUGAAUUAGGAAAGAAAGCUAGAGAAUUGAAAAAAGCUGCUGAAGCCCUUCACCAAGAAGAGAGAAGCGGUAACAAGGGCAGAAAAUGGCGCAAAAAUGUGAAGGCUGUUCAGAAGGAAUUACUACUCCUGGAAGAUGAUAUGAAUGCUUUGGAGGAAAUGUAUCCUCAGGGAGAACAGGCUGAGACUACUUGGGCUUUUACCAUCCUUGGAUACAUAGGGAAGCUUAUAUUGGGUAUUAUUGGGUUGGUUGUCUCCGUGGCUUGGGUUGCGCAUAUCGUCAUAUACCUAUUGAUUGACCCUCCUCUUUCGCCUUUCCUGAAUGAGGUCUUCGUCAAACUGGAUAGUGUUUGGGGUCUGCUUGGUACUGCAGCAUUUGCAUUUUUCUGCUUCUAUCUAUUGCUCGCAGUGAUUGCAGGGGAAACGAUGCUUGGUCUCAAAUUAGUCUUCAUUACCAUCCACCCAAUGAAAUGGGGAGGGACUCUUAUGAACUCUUUUCUAUUUAAUGUUGGGCUUAUUCUGCUUUCCUCAAUCAGUGUGAUUCAGUUCUGUGCCACAGCUUUUGCUUACUAUGCACAAGCAACAGCUGCUCAAGAGAUUUUCGGCCACACACUGCAAUCAUUGCGUGGAAUAAAGUAUCUGUACAAGUAUAACGUGUUCCAGUAUGCAUUUGUUGGCCUAUCAUUAAUCACACUCGUCUACUAUGCACUAUUUGGAUGGAGAAAGAGGAAACCAACCGGGAGGUUUCAGCUUUCGAACUGAUGAGUUUGUGCUUUUACUGUAAGCUCAAAUUCCGUCAAAGUUGAUCUUUAAGUUCAUCCUCUAGUUAUAGAGGUUGCUAGUGAUGGAUCUGGUCUGAACACGUUCUACUCGGAGAGCCGAGGAAUGUAAAACUAGUGACCUUGGCUUCUAGAAGAAUCACAACAAGAGUUGCGGCUUCUGGAAGGAUUGUUUCGAAUGACUCACCGUUUGUUUUGUAUAUCACGCCUUUAUUUCUUUGCCCCUACUUUCUCUCACCUUCUGAUGUAUUCUUGUUCAAUAUAGUCGGCUGAUGUGAUUUUGUACUCUGUAUCCUUUGAGAGAGAGAGAUUGGUUUUUUUUUUUAAUUAUUAUUUUAUUUAUUUUUUUGCUAUCUAGUAAUGGGUCCGGAGACUAGCUGAUCUUUAUGUACGACAUUUUAGUUUCCAUGCAAAUUAUUUGAUACUAACUUGAAUAUUCUCAUA